AUGUCAGCGACACUAGCAGAUCCGUAUCGAGGCUUUGUGGCUACUUAUUCGCACGCGGGAAAACCGGAUGACCACCAUGAUUUGAUCAACUACGAUGCGGCCCAUUCACAGCCGCGCGAGAAACUGCUAAGCGGCCUCUCCUACCACUCCGAAGGUGCCAACACAUCGUCCUUUGGCACGCAUCUGCAAGCAGUGCUGCCUCCCCCAGAGCCCCAAACUAACGGCCAUCAUCAGGAGCAACCGUCAAGAUUUGCCCCCGUGCAUCAUCUGCUUCACCCACCGCACUACAGUUACGACAUUCCAUUUCCAUCGGAUACCAGGAAACGAUCACGGUCAGGAAGUGAAGGAGAGGCAAACCCCGAUAUGGAGCGUAAUAUGGCGCUUCCGCCGCCCGUGCACCCAAUGUCUAUGGAUGGCUCAGUUUCAGCACCGGAGUAUGAAAUGAUGUAUCCCAUUCCAAGUGACCAUUCCGUCUCUCAUCCGCCGCCGAAUCCAAGCUUUGCAUCGCCUUUACCUCUUUCGUUACCCCUUCCGAUCCCACAACACCAUCACCAUCGACUCCCCCCGCAGUCUGGUCUUCUUUCCAGUAUUCCUGGCCAUGGAUCCUCAUCUCCACCUUUGGGACUGGGACCGCCGAGUGUAGUGGGUCAACUUGGGAUGCCCGAGCCUGCUCCGCGGCCUAAGGGACCAAAGCUCAAAUUUACACCGGAGGAAGAUGCAUUACUGGUGGAACUGAAGGAAGAAAAGAACUUGACUUGGAAACAAAUCGCGGACUUCUUCCCUGGCCGUACGAGCGGCACGUUGCAAGUUCGUUACUGUACGAAGUUGAAAGCGAAGGAUGUAAUUUGGACUGAUGACAUGCUACACCGGCUUAAUCGCGCUAUGGACGAGUAUGAGAACGAUCGAUGGCGGAUUGUUGCAGGAAAGGUUGGAAAUGGAUUCACACCAGCAGCAUGUCGAGAGAGGGUCACAAACUUCAGUGGAUGA